GGUCCUUGGCCGCGCGCGCCGCCAGCGCCCGCGCAUUCUGCACGGCGGAGCCUGUGACGCCAGUCACUCGGGAACGGCCCCAGCAUGCGGACUGCUAUACUGAUCUUGUGCGCGGUGGCGGCCGAAACGGCGCCAUUGGCGGCCAAGUCAGUGGCAUUCGCGGUACCGGACCUUCCCGCCCUUACCACUGCUCCAAGCGUGACUUCUGCAACGACCGCAGACGUCAAGAUCACCAAGCUGAAGAAGUUCCAGCCCACUGAACGCGGCUUGUUCACGGGGAAGAAGCCCCUGGCGCCCACCGCCAAGCUCGGCGGGGCCGACGCCACGCUGACCCCAGAGCCAUCUGUUGGCGGUACGGGAACUUCGACAGCAGCGACACCGGCGGCCGAGAUUCCGACGACUGAGGAGAGCCAGACCGACGCGCCCCUGGCGGCGGUGGAGAGCAGCUCGCCCGUGCCAGAGGCCGACGUCGAGCUUCUGAAGUCGCACAUCGCUGCACCACUUGUCGCAGGCUCCUUCUUCGAAGAUGCGAAGGCGAGGAGGUUCGAUCACUCUGCGCUGUUCGGUUAUUCCUCAUUUUUCUAGAGUUACAGUCAUGUUUUUGUGUGAUUUUUUGACGCCUUUUGUGUUUUUGAGCGCGCAGCUUAGUGUUUGAUGUCUCCGACACACCAGUGUGUAAAAAUUACAUGUAAUUCUUGUUCGUUGGAUUUUUAAAUUUUCGCAUUGACAUCCACAAAAUAUCACGCUUCCUGCUGUCAUUGCGGAGCUCAUUCACAUUCGAUACGGGAAGCUUCAUAGGUAGAUGACGUCACGGAGCGGUGUUCAAAAUGCAUCUAGGUUGUACUGUGCGUCCAUAUGUUAUAGAUGUCGUAAUUAGACAGUGUCGCAACCGACACUUCACGGGAUUGCUCGGGCAUUAUUGUAUGGGAGGCGCAGUGAAUGUGAGAGACCAUUUUCAUAUGUGAUUUUCCCUCGCUGGCGCCGGGUUUUUGUUGAAGUGUCGAUAUGUUCGUAAUAAAUUAAUGUGUCGCAAUGUC